AUGCAGCCCAUCAGCCUGCAGAACCUCUCCAUAUGUUUCCAGCUCCUCAUGUUCUCCUGUCAGACCCAGUACGUGAGGGACCAGGGUGCCAUGACCGACCAGCUGAGCCGACGGCAGAUCAGGGAGUACCAGCUCUACAGCCGGACCAGCGGCAAGCACGUCCAGGUGAACGGCAAAAGGAUCACCGCCACCGCCGAGGACGGCAACAAGUUUGCCAAGCUCAUCGUGGAGACGGACACCUUCGGGAGCCGCGUCCGCAUCAAGGGGGCCGAGAGCGAGAAGUACAUCUGCAUGAGCAAGCGGGGCAAGCUCAUCGGGAAACCCAACGGCAAGAGCAAGGACUGCAUCUUCACGGAGAUCGUGCUGGAGAACAACUACACGGCUUUCCAAAACGCCCGCUACGAGGGCUGGUACAUGGCCUUCACCCGCAAGGGCCGGCCCCGCAAAGCCUCCCGCAGCCGCCAGAACCAGCGGGAAGCCCACUUCAUCAAGCGCCUGUACCGUGGGCAGCUGCCCUUCCCCAACAACGCCGAGCGGCAGAAGCAGUUCGAGUUCGUCGGCUCGUCCUCCCCCACCCGCCGCACGCGUCGCACCCGCGCCCCUCGCCCGCGCACGUAA